AUGUUUACAGGACGUUGGGUUUACACAAAGGGGUGCACUGUGGCUGACUUGGUGACUGAUGAGUCGACGCAGAAACCUAUUAUGAAUGAGACGGAUGGCAUGACAGCCUCUUGUGGCUGCGUACUAUUCCUAAAAAGUGACGUUGUUGGAGCUAUGGAGAGUGACGGGCCGCAAUCCGGAAAAGAAUACGAUGAGCAGGACCUCCUCUUCUCUGUUGUGUCUUGGGCACGAGGCGCUGGUAAUACACACGAUGAGUAUUUGACGACAAAUGGGGCAGAAGCACCCUCGCAUUUUCCCAUCACUUCACUAGGACCAUGGACCGUAAUUGAGCAAUGUGCUGGAGAUCCUUGCAGUUUUGGCGUAGUUGCCGGAUUUGUGCUGCGUCGGCCGGCCGGUGGCGAUUCUGACGUUGUGCUAUGGGAAUGGGGGGAGCUUGCUAGUUGCAGCACUCUUUCUCAGCUUUCACUUUACUUAGACAACCCCACGUCCAUGGGAGGCAAGUGUCUCACUUAG